UUUAGAGGGGACGUCAUUGUUUCCCAAUCUUUCUUUUGAUCUCUGAAUCCACCUCCCCAUACCCUUUUAUAUCCGUGGGUUGGGUCUCGGAAGGUUACCGGUCUCCCUCAAACACCCAGCUAUUACCUCGCGUACUCCUACCACUCUCCUGGCAUCCAACGUAUAGACUGCCCAGUUAUGUCGGCCAUUCGUGGCAUAAGUCCAGGAAAGCGGGCGAACAGCUCAAAACUUCUCAAUGACUACCAACUAGGGGACUCUCUGGGGAAGGGUGCCUUUGCCCAGGUGUACCGGGCACUUAAUUGGGCCACUGGUGAAGCUGUUGCUGUCAAGGAAAUACAACUCAGCAAUAUCCCGAAGGGGGAACUGGCUCAGAUCAUGUCCGAGAUCGACUUGCUCAAGAAUCUCAAUCAUCCGAACAUCGUCAAAUAUAAAGGGUUUGUGAAGACACCGGAGUACCUCUACAUCAUCCUCGAAUUCUGCGAGAACGGAUCCCUUCAUCAUAUAUGCAAGCGUUUCGGAAAGUUUCCCGAGAAUCUCGUUGCGGUAUACAUUUGUCAAGUGCUCGAAGGGCUUGUAUAUCUCCACGAUCAGGGUGUUAUACACCGCGAUAUUAAGGGCGCGAACAUACUGACCAAUAAAGAUGGCUGUGUGAAGCUGGCAGAUUUUGGAGUCGCCAGUUCCACGACGACCGGAGCUGUCAGUGACGACGCCGUUGUUGGGAGCCCAUAUUGGAUGGCACCUGAAGUGAUUGAGCAAUCAGGUGCAACGACGGCAUCGGAUAUAUGGAGUGUGGGUUGCGUUGUGAUUGAACUCCUGGAGGGCAGACCCCCGUAUCACUUUCUUGACCCGAUGCCCGCGCUCUUCCGGAUUGUUCAAGACGACUGUCCUCCAAUACCCGAGGGUGCCUCUCCAAUCGUCAAGGAUUUCUUACUUCACUGUUUCCAAAAGGACUCUAAUCUUCGUAUAUCCGCCAAGAAGCUCUUGAAGCACCCAUGGAUGAUUUCUGCCAGGAAACAAUUAAGUGUGGUGGCUGGAAAGGACGGCCACUCGUUUGACAGCAACUCGCAUGUACCGAAGAAUUCUCAAGCUAACUAUAAUUUCGACGAGGCUGUCCUCAAAGUCCAAGAGUGGAACGAGGCUUUGAAAUCUCCUACUCGACCUUCCAAACAUGGAGCUCGUCCCCAGGUGGGAGGACCCCCGGCGUCUCCUACGCAAGCCACUCGCGACAAGCCUGGCAUCUCGCUCCUCCAACACUCAGUGCUCGGUCUCCAACAAUCUGUAGCCGGUCCCUUGGCCCUUAAAGCGCAAAGUGGCGUAGCCACAAAACCGACGGCGGCUAUCGGGUUAGUGGAGAAGAUUCGUGAGCCAGCGCCUUUCGUCCUCCAACCCCCCGAGGAGCAAACGGACAACUGGGACGACGAUUUCGAGGAUGGUCCUUCGUUCACCAAGUUGCAAGGUUUCGAAAAAACUGCUCUGGAGGAUGACAAGGUAGAGGUGGACGACUGUUCUCAAACUAUUCGCCCCAGCAGAAGCCCUGGAGGCCCCGGCACAAUACCACUGGCAAAAGCCCCCUCCGCGGACAUGAUACCCAUCGUCGAGGAUUACUCAGACCUUGCAGCCGAUGAGGACGACUUCAUACUUCAAGAGAAAGUGGCAGAUUUCAAGAUGAGGAAUUCUGUCCGGCCCGGACUUUUCCAUCCAGAUGACAUUAAGGUUCUUGGUAUCACCCCCAGUUCCCCCGGUCCGAAGUCGGCUCCCCUACCUGGCCUCUCCCGUAAAACAUCCCGAUCUUCCCUGAACCUCGUCGGUCAAAACGUGCCCUCAUCCGCCCACGUUCGAUCCCAUUCUCGAUCGUCGUCGUUGGUUGGGUCAAAUGAGUCUGGAUCAUUUGGUCGUUCGGAGGCAAAGCGUGCGGCGGGUUCGCGUGAGUUCGACAAGUAUGCCGAAGAGGAUAACGAGGACUACGAUGAUGUAUUUGGUAAGGCUAGCGGGAGCACUCUGGAGCAGCCGAUGCAAACCCUUCAGCUCAACACACGGUUGUCGAAUAAGUCCUGGCUCGGGGAUGAAGACGACGAAGAUGACCCGUUUGCGGAGAUUGACGAAGGCUUUGCGGAGGACGACUUGGAGGCUAAUCUGCAACGUGAUAAGCACGCUCGUCUAUGCAGUUUAGUGAAUCAGCUGAUCGACGAACUCACGCCAUCCGCACCCGACUUCCAACUGCGGGAUGCAUGCGAUCAGCUAAUUAACAUCAUGACCGACAACCCGGACAUGCUGGUUCAGUUGGUGUCAUCACAUGGCAUGCUUGCAAUCUUGGAGGUGCUGGAAGGAAGGUGUUCGCGUGAUGUUUUGAUGAAAUUACUUCACAUCAUCAACCUGCUUGUCAUGAGCGAUCUUGGUUUCUUGGAGAGCUUCUGCCUCAUCGGUGGUAUUCCGAUGAUGAUGGGAUUUACCUCCAAGAAAUAUCCCUCAGAAUGCCGAGUAGAAGCCUCAAAUUUCAUCCGACUCCUUUGCCAUACUUCUGUGCUGACUCUGCAAAUGUUUAUUGCAUGUCGUGGUCUCAAAGUCUUGGUGGACCUCCUCGACGAAGACUAUACCGAGCAAAGCGAGCUUGUAGUAGACGCUUUGAACGGUAUUGGGAGCGUGUUUGAGUUGCAGAGCCCGACAACCAAGAACGACUUUUGUCGGAUGUUCAUUAAGGAAGGCCUUCUUGAUCCGCUAUCGUCCGCGCUCCUCAAUGUCAUUGGGAACUCGAGUCCAAGUGCAAUGGAGAUGAAGCAGAAGAUUAUACAAAUUUUGCUCGUGUUUUCGCAGGUGACGCAGAGCGAUAUUCACGUUCGGAAUGCGAUAGGUACUCGCAAGAUUGUGAGAAGAUUGCUGCGCGCAUGCGAACUACUGGAGCCGGAGUAUUUGGUACAAAUGCUGAAGGCAGUGAAGCAUUUGUCCAUGAAUGCAAAUCUCUUGGAAGUCAUGCAGAACGCCAAUGCCAUCGAAAUUCUUAUUAGACUGCUUGACGAAGCCAAGGCUGGUCCACACAGCACAGAAAUCUCCAAUCACAUCUUCCAGACCUGCUAUAAUCUCUGUCGGCUCAACAAGUCACGCCAGGAGGAAGCUGCUCAGGCAGGAAUUAUACCUUGUCUGAAACGAGUCAUCGAAACCAGUUCGCCGCUGAAACAAUUUGCGUUGCCUAUCCUGUGUGAUUUGGCAAGCGCCGGGAAGAGUUGUCGGAACCUUCUUUGGCAACAUAAUGGUCUGGGGAUGUACUUGAAACUCUUGGACGAUCCCUACUUCCAGGUCAGCGCGCUGGAAGCAAUACUCUCAUGGCUGCAAGAUGAAACUGCCAAGAUAGAAGACGUUCUUGUCGAGCCAGACUCUCUUGACGCACUCCUGAAAUGUUUCGUCUCAGCGAAAGCUAACUCGUUUGAGAACUUGCUCGACCCCCUUCUCAAGAUAUGCCGAACCUCGAUACCGGUCACCAUUGGCCUCGCGAAAGCAUCUUUCUUCAAGCGCAUUAUUGAUCGACUCGGUCACAGCCGUGCAGUCGUCCGGCUCAACCUGUUGCGCAUCUUGCGCACCGUUUGUGACGUCCACCCUAAUAGGGCAAUGCUGGUGGAACGGUACGGUCUGCAUGAAAUUGUGCUCAAGCUGAGCAAGGAUGACGGUGCCGUCCUCGUCCGGGAGCUUGCGAGGGAGAUUCUACCAGCACUCGCUCCCGCACUGAAACCUGCGGUCGGAAAGUCCGGAUUAAAGGGUCACGACACGCCCAAGGGCAGUUCUAUUAUCGCUCCAAGGAAAGCACGUCGAACAGCCUCUGAGACUUCGGCCGUUCUGAACACGUCCUCCUCGACCUCUACGCCGUCGUCGAGAUAUGGCAUUGAGCGUCCACGUUCAUCAUCGAGACAUAAGCUUGGGGAUAUACAGUGGCAACAAGGUGUGGCACGUCGAUGACGUUGUGGGGUUGGAGGAUCGGUCAGUGGUUAGUUGGAAUAGGUGACUAUUAAUUUCCUUGCACUCGCAUCUUUUCGUUGUACUUUUUCUCUCCGAGUUGUCAUCAUUGCUUUUUUAUUAUUCGUGCACCACACCCUCCUUACAUAACAUAUGGCACCGUACCGCAUAAUAGCCAUAUAGCAAUAAUAUCUAUUUAUCGAGAAGUUGAGCGGGCAGGAAUGGCUGCUUCCUUGCAGGUUUGUAGAACCUACUUCAAGAUAGCGGCGGCCCCAUUCUCGUGGUCACUUACGCAGAG